UGGCAAGUCAAAUGCAUGGGAAAUAGUACCGUUACGGGUAAGACCUUCAGCAUUGAUGUACAUGGGGCCCUUUCCGCCGCUCGGCCCAGGACCAUGGCAAAGAUCAAGGCACGAGAUCUGCGCGGCAAAAAGAAGGAGGAGCUCCUCAAGCAGCUGGAUGAUCUCAAGGUGGAACUGUCCCAGCUCCGUGUUGCCAAGGUAACAGGAGGAGCUGCGUCAAAGCUUUCCAAGAUCCGUGUCGUGCGCAAGUCCAUUGCCAGAGUCCUUACCGUCAUUAAUCAGACACAGAAGGAGAACUUGAGAAAAUUCUACAAAGGCAAGAAGUACAAGCCUUUGGAUCUGCGACCCAAGAAGACCCGAGCCAUGCGCCGGCGACUAAACAAGCACGAGGAGAGUUUGAAGACGAAGAAACUGCAGAGGAAAGAGCGUCUGUACCCCAUGCGCAAAUACGCUGUGAAAGCUUAAAUGUUCACCCACAGAUUUCAUUAAAUUUAAGAAAAGG